CACAUGAGCCAUAAUUUGUAUUUUCUUCUCUUGUAGAACUGUAUGAUUAAGAGAAAGUGAACCUGUUUGACCGGAAUUGUAUAUUUCCCGGCAGCGAUAUGCAUAUGCAGUCACUGACUCGAUGGGAAAUAUAGUGGGCUCAUUUAUUUCAGGCUUCUUUAAAGUUGUUAGUACUUAAUUUGGAGCUCUGCUCGACUUUCUCACAAGCAAAUCUUGCAGGUAAGCAUUAAGGAAGUGACUUUGCCUAAAAUUUCCUUUCUUAGGAGUUCAUUUCGAAAUUAAUUUUACGGGUUGCCAUUCAAUGCAUCCUUGACAAGCUGCCUUUAUUUCAAUUGCCUGUUAAUCUCUUCAUGGUAUUUCAUUAGCUCACAAUUCUUCAAGUUGUACUUAUUAUAAGUUCGUACUUAUUACCUAGCUCUAGCUAAGAAAUCUAUUGGUUUCUCUAGGGUACCUGUUUUCGAGCAGCGUGUUGACAAUAUAGUGGGUAUUGCAUAUGCAAUGGAUAUGAUGGAUUAUGUUGAAAAGGUCAGUUCUGCUAUGGUUUUGAUUUUUUUUUAUUUCACUUGUGCUCAUGAGACUUAUUUGCAAUAUGUUUAGGAGUGUAAGUGUUUACCACUCUUUCUAUGGCAUGGGACAAUUUGAUCUAUCUGCUUUUGAAGGUUGAUAAACCAGAAAGUUCUACUGUGGGAGCAAUUGCACAUAGGCCUGCCUACUUUGUACCUGAUUCAAUGUCCGUGUGGAAUCUGCUGAGAGAGUUCCGCAUCAGGAAGGUUCAUAUGGCUAUUGUUCUAAAUGAAUAUGGUGGAACUGUGGGAGUAUGUUUACAUCCUUCACAUUUUCUUUAACAAUGCUCAUGAAGUUCAAAAGUUGUUCAUGUUACUGUUUAUGUGAUUUUAGGUGUUAACUAUUUUAAUACUGUUGCCUCAUUAAUAUUUUUUAACAUCGAAAAGUAGUGAACAAUUCUAAUACUGCCUUUUGUAAUAAAACUGGUACCUACUCUGGUUGACUGCCAGAACUUUUACAUGGCGAGAAACAGCCAUCAACAUCUUGCUUUCCUAGCUUGGUUUUUAGGAGGACGGAGAAGAAAGUAGGAGGUCGAAUGAUCCUGCAUCACAAAGACUUGACAUGUUGGCAUGUUGGAGAUGCAUCAGCAUCUUAGGAAAGAUAACUGUUAGCUGUCUCCGGUAUCCAUGAAUGUGUGCGCAUGCAUGCAUAUCUGUAGAGUAUUUAGCCUCAUUGCGCCCUCUCCUACUUCCCAUUCUUUUGCACUUGCUAACAUUUUAAAACAGACUCUUCCUCGCUUCGGAAUCCCUCCUGCUUUCCCUUCAUGCUUUGCAAAGCUAUGUUGGAGUUCCUUGCUUUUUAGUGGAUUGCUUUGGCAGGUGAUUCGCAACAUUCACAUUUCCCUGAGUCUGGUAAAAUGCACACUGUUGGAAACUUUUCAAUUUAUCUUUCUGGUUUACUGCAUAAGCAUGGACAUUUUGGUUCACUAUUUGCUUCCCAUUUCAGAAAUUCAUGAUCAUGUGGAUCCCCUUGCCACAGGAAGAAUGAUAGGAUCCUACCGGGGCUUUGUAUGUUUUCAAUCUCUGUGUCGGCAAUCUUCUGAAGAUGGUUGUGACCGUUACAGUCUGAAGCUGCUGAAAUCUAAUGUUAUCUCAGGCCUCACCAUUGCAAGCCUGUCAAUCCCACAGAUGUUGUGGGAUUCACUCGAAGGCAAUGGGAAUGUCAUACAAAGAAGACAUUACAUCAGACCUUGUCAAAACCACAAAGGCUGAAGAGUCUAUUGCUGCUGUUAGGAGAGAACCAUUGCCAGUAUCUCAGUCAGAAGAACAGAAGUUUAUUGAACAAGAGUGAAUGUUCAUAAGCAACUGCCUGAUAGGUCACUUACAGGCCAGCAAGAUGGGUUAGAGCCUCUAACAUUUCUCUUCUAUAAAUAAUAGGAAGAAAAUGCCGCUUCUCUUAUAUUUAAACAAAAGCCUCUGAUGUUUCUCAGAGAGAGAUUUCCAUCUUAUUUCCAUGGUUUCUUUGUUUGUGUUGAAAUUUCAAGUCUCUUGGAAUGAGGGAGAAAACCCAUAUCUGUUUUUCUUUUUUCUUUCUUCUUUUCUUUCUGUUUUUUCAUAUUUUAUGGAUUGUGAUUCCAAGUCUAUUUGAAUGAGAAUUAAAGACUCUUUCUGGGUUUUCUUGGGUUUUAUUUGAGAGG